CCCCAGGAUCCCAUUUCACUCACACCUUGAAGCUAACGUAACCUCAUUGAUAGAAAAGCUUAGUAAAAUCCCCGGGAUAAACAAAAAAUGGAGCUCACUUUCCCUGUAAUCGACUUCUCCAAACUCAAUGGUGAGGAGAGAGCAGCCGCCAUGGAAAUGAUCAAAGAUGCCUGUGAGAAUUGGGGUUUCUUUGAGUUGGUGAACCAUGGAAUAUCUCAUGAGCUGAUGGACACUGUGGAGAGGCUGACAAAGGAGCACUACAGAAAGUGCAUGGAGCAAAGGUUCAAAGAAAUGGUGGCCAGUAAGGGUCUUGAGGCUGUUCAAUCUGAGAUCAAUGACAUGGAUUGGGAAAGCACCUUCUUUUUGCGCCACUUGCCUGAAUCUAACAUGUCUGAAAUUCCUGAUCUUGAAGAAGAUUACAGAAAGGUGAUGAAGGAAUUUGCAGUGGAGUUGGAGAAGCUUGCAGAGCAACUUUUGGACCUGUUGUGUGAGAAUCUGGGGUUGGAGCCUGGUUACCUGAAAAAAGUGUUUUAUGGGUCCAAAGGGCCAACCUUUGGUACCAAGGUUAGCAACUAUCCUCCAUGCCCCAAACCUGACCUAAUCAAGGGACUCAGGGCUCACACUGAUGCUGGUGGAAUCAUCUUACUCUUCCAAGAUGACAAGGUCAGCGGCCUUCAGCUUCUCAAGGAUGGUCAGUGGAUUGAUGUUCCUCCUAUGAAACACUCUAUUGUCAUCAACCUUGGUGACCAACUUGAGGUAAUCACAAAUGGUAAAUAUAAGAGUGUGAUGCACCGUGUGAUUGCUCAAACAGAUGGGACCAGAAUGUCCAUUGCUUCCUUCUACAACCCGGGCAGUGAUGCUGUUAUAUAUCCAGCACCAGCUUUGCUAGAGAAAGAAGCUGACAAAUCUCAAGUGUACCCCAAAUUUGUGUUUGAGGACUACAUGAAGCUCUAUGCUGGCCUCAAGUUCCAAGCCAAGGAGCCAAGGUUCGAAGCCAUGAAGACCGUGGAGUCUGCAGUUAACUUGGGUCCUAUUGCAACUGUUUGAGUCCUUCAGUGAUUGAAGAGCGAUGGGUUUUAAUUAGCAGUGUGUUUCUGUUAAUAAGUUUAGUCGGCUGAUGGAUAAAUUCUGUUAAUUAUAGUUCUGGAAUUAGUGAGUGCCUGCAGGUGUGGAGCUUAGUAGUUUAAAAUAAGCUGAAAAAGCUUGUACUAAGAAUUCCUCAGUUAUAUAUGGUGCCUGGUCGCUAGUGGCUGUGCUUUAAAUGAGAUGUUUUGGCUGUCGGAAGUGACCAAAUUAUAUUUGACAUGAAAAAUUGUCCUUAA